GAGACAAAUUCUAUUGAAAAAUCAUCAAGAAGCCCAGACAAUGGCCGAUAGUCGGGAACGAAUACGUGGACCCUCCAGGGAUGGUCGGGAGUUUUUGACAAGUCCACGUCAAGUACUGCGACGUUUAAUGUUAUUAUCCGAGGGACGUCAAUAUCGUGAAGCUGCUGGCGUUGUUGGCCGUUUAGGACCAUCGGUGUUGAGAUCGGUUAUUGCCGAACUGCCAAUUGAUUUGUUGCUGGAACAUUUGCCGCAUAGCGCCUAUCUGUUGGAGUCAUUCUUUUCGAGACUAAUCACAGUCAAUCCCUCACCAAAACCUGAUGUACCCACUGAAGCCGUCCUCUGGCAGUUGGUAAAACUUUUCUCCAAUCCCCAUGACCCGGGUUUGAAACAACGUUGUGUAACUCUGCUACAAUCAUUGGUGCAAUAUGAACCGAAUUUACGGCAUACCAUACGAGAGACCCGCAAAAACUUCAACGAUGCUGUUCAAGGUUUGGGUAUUCAUGGACUUACCACAGAUUCGUCAGGACAAUUGAUAUCCCUACAUAUUGCACUGAAAACAGAACUACAACGGCACAUCGACACCUACAAAGUUGCCCUACACAAACUGGAGGAGUUAAGUGCUAUCACCAUCAAUCAAGAUCCUGCUCACUCCUCCCAUCAACGUCUCUUGGCCAUUAACUAUGGCGAUAUUCAGCAGCGUUUGAUUGAUAAUAAAACCAUUCUCACCCUACUCGAUAAACCUGCUCUCAAACAAUUAGCUAGUCUUAUUGAAAAUCUUGCCCAACGUGUUGAGAACGACAAGGAGGUACUUAAGGCAGUCGGGCAAGUGAAGAGAGUGGAUAUGCAGGCGAAUCUGGAAAAACGACCAGCUGCUGGGCUACUUAUGAAUUUUGCCCGUGGCUGUGAAGUUGUUCUGCAGAUGAUGGGACCAGAAAGUUUAAGCAGUCCCAACAACACACCAAGCAUUGGUUCACCGGCUGGUGGCAGUAACAGCAGUUGCAGUGAUGGCUAUCAUUCUGAUGAUUCAGCUAAUGAAGAAAUUAGCGGCAUGGUAUCACAGUAUCGUUUGUUGUAUCUAGAAAAUAGGACAGAUACGUUGGAGGCAUUGGACAGUUUACCCCAGCUAAAACACGUUCACAAUUUGAAAGCAAAAAUCUUAUUUUCAAUAAUAGUGCUUUCAUUUCGUUUGUGCCACGGCAUGCGAGAACGCAAAGUUAUGGAAGUGCGACGCACCCUCAAUUGCCCACUGGAUAGUACAAAUGAAAUAACUUUGGCCCUGGAUCGAUCUAUACGCCAACAUUUACAUGAUACCAUUGAUACGUUUCCAUUGGGUGAAAUCGAAAGAUCUGUUUUUAAUCAGGUGUUAUCAACGUUACAUGAAUAUUCAUGUUUGGAAUCAUGUCCACCACUAAUGCACUUUGUUAGUGCUUGUGUUCGUCUAGCCUGGAAAAUGGUUAAUCAAAAGGUGCCCUAUUAUUUGGAUAAUGAUUUUAAUUUGGGUUUCCUACGCCCCGAAAAACAUGAACGCCAUGCCCAAGCCGAUCGACGUUCGGACUUAAUAAAAGCCUUCCUGUGGCCAGCGCUAAUGCAAAACAACCACUGUGUGUUCAAAGCGAUUGUGGUGACUUAG